GCUGCCUCCUUUCGGUGGACGCGUGCCAAAGUAGAAUGUUUAUGUGUACUGUGGACCAAUGGGAAUGAAUUGAAGGGGGCGUGGCGUUCAUUCGGAGGAAAGAGGCAAAAACAAUCUUUUAUCCUCUUGACCGGGCGGCUUCUUGGAUAUCCAGGGUGGUGGGGGUGUUGGAAAACUUUAUGUAGAGUAGAAUAUAUCAUACAAGGAAUAUCAAAAGCCUCGAAACAAUCCUGAUAAAUGUUCAUUUCAAUCUGCACUCAAUUCUCUAGAAAGCUGUUUUUCUUUCUUUAGAGCCACCUGUCCUGCCUGAAAUAUGAAUUCCAAACGUGUUGUGGACGCAGUGGGAAUAAGGGUCGGCGGAGCGCCGAAACACGGCGAUUUCAGCUGCCGCGGAGACUUCUCGGUGGUGUGCGACGCGAGUGUCGCCGCGGUGGAGAACGGUCUCCUGCCGGCGGUGUUCACCCGCAAGACCGACAUGGGAUCCGUGCUGUACACACUGGUAGUGGACAGUGGUUCUGUGGCAGAGGGAAGAAAAUCCAAUGGAUUGUCUUCGGGAGGAGAAAUGUUGCAGGGCAUGGAGAAAGUUGCUCUGAGUGGCCCGAAGGACCAAAGAGAAGCCGGUUCCACGGGGAUCCUGAAGAGGGCCAGCCCCACUCACUGCCCAAGCCACUGCCCCACCAUACACAGGCAGCUGCCAGACGGACUCAUGCUCCUGGACAUCAGGAACCCAGGGAAACGGGUGGAACUGGCCAACGGUUUCCACGUGGCGGCUCACGGGCAGAUGGUGACCCCUGCGGAGGGCCAGUCGCUUCCCUCGUCCUACAUCCCUGUCCCCAGGCACAGGAAGCCCUCGGGUCACGCCGACAAAGAGGUGAUGGCCGCCACCGUCCUGACGUCGCUGUCCACGUCUCCUCUGGUGCUCCACCCCUCGUCCACCCCCACAGCUGCAGUACCUGAGCCGGCCUGGAAGGAGGCGCUGUCUGCGAGCUACAGCAGCUCCACCAGUGGCAACUGGAGCUGGGACGCCAGCGACCAGUCGGUGCCUUCCACGCCGUCCCCUCCGCUCUCUAACGAUGCCAACAAGAGCUUCCUGCUCUCCUCCCAGGGAGAAGACGUCAAUGAGGACGGGCCAGAAAGCACGCACUUCCUGUUCGAGGACCCCAUACCCCGGAAGCGAAAGAACUCCAUGAAGGUGAUGUUCAAGUGCCUGUGGAAGAACUGUGAGAAGGUCCUGAGCACUUCCUCAGGGAUCCAGAGACACGUCCGCACCAUUCACCUGGGGCAGAUGAGCGACUCGGACUACAGCGAUGGCGAAGAGGACUUCUACUACACGGAGAUCGAGGUCAACAUGGACAGCCUAUCGGAGGGCCUGUCCAGCCUCACCCCCACCUCGCCCACCACGGCCGGACCUCCGCCCGUCUUCCCGCCUGCACUAGCCCACAUCCCCCGCUCCGAGCACAUCUGCGUGAAGGGGGUCCCCGGCGACGCCCCCAGCCUGCUCAGCCAAUCGGCCCCCUCCACGCUCUGCCACAUCCGCACUGACCACGCCUACCAGGCCAAUGCCUUGGUCAGUGUCCCAGUGGCUUCAGAGCUGGCUGGCCCGGGCAGCAGCGCUGACACUGGGAACAGCACCAGUGUUUCAUGGCUGCCCCCACCCGUUGCUUUUAAAGGCCUGCUUCCGGGUCCAUUAAGUCAUGUCCGGGCUGUGAGCACAGGGGAGCGUAGGCAAGCUGUGCCCGGCGCCAACAGCACUGUCAACAAGACCCACGCUCUGACAACACCGGCACCCAAACCAGCCCUGGGAACCAGACCCCGAGGGGAGGCGAAGAAGUGCAGGAAGGUGUAUGGCAUGGAGAAGCGUGACAUGUGGUGCACAGCCUGCCGCUGGAAAAAAGCCUGCCAGAGAUUCACCGACUAAAAGGCUACCCCCCUUGCUUCAUCGAGAUGGUCUCCUCCAUGAUCCAGAGCCACAGUGAGGCGGACUCCUCCAACGAGGAUAUGGGGGUGGUGGAAAAAGAGAAAUGACUUGACUAUGAAGCUCUCAGCACUGCUUCCCUACAGCUUUUGUAGCCAGCUUUUGUAGCCACUGCGCUGGCUUCAAACACAACAACAAAACCAACGGAAUUACAACUGGUGGGUUAACACGCGCUCAAGAAAAAAACUAAAAAAACCUAAUGUCUGUUUUUUCAGAACUGAGAGAUUUGUAAUCUGCUGGCCUUGAUUCAUGACAGUUUGAAGACUUAAAGAUAAGCUUUUUUUCAUAUAUUCAUGUGAUCACCAGGAUCGUGUUUAAGCUACUGUUAAGGUGGGGUUGGGGUGUAGAAAAUCUUGUGGGGUUAAACCCACUUUGCUCCAUCAGCAUCUUUGAGGAUAUAUGUUUGUCUGUUUGUCUGUUUAUUUGACAGCAGAUCUACCAAAGGCAAUCAUUAAUCAAAAUCUUGUUACAGCCAGUUCAAUUUCAAUGCCCAUCUGUAAAUAGGCAGAAAACACGGCUAAGAACCUCUACUUCCCCUCUUUUAUUUUUUUGGAAUAAGCAUUAACAGUAGAAAAAACAAUUAUCUUCAACUUCCACCGUCUGACAUUAUUUCUGUCUGACUCCAUAAUGUGAGAUAUGUGCUUCCUGUAUAGGAAACAAUCAAAAGUUCUGCGCGUUGUACAUCUGUCAUUUGCAUAAAUGCACGUAAAAAAAAAAAAAAGACAACAAAAAAAACGCUCACACAAAGUGGUACCAAAAGUUUCUCUUUCGUUUGUCGUUUCUAAUCAAACAUGUUUAAGACUAUCCACUUUUUAUUUUGUAGCUGUAACCUAGAUAUGCACCUUGAAGAAUUAUGUCUUCUCUCAGUAUCACUGUAACCACAGCAUACUCCCGGAAGAGUGGAUCUCAACCUUCUUAUUUUCUGCAACUAGUUGCCGUGGUAACUGGUGGUUGCACUGUGCAAUCUGUAGGAUUGCAAUACGUGAUAUUGUCUCUUGCUUUGAGUUGAUUCGUUAGUGUUUAAACAAGUCUUCAGAGGCGUGCGCCUGCGUGCGUGUGUUUGAUUUUGUGUGUGUGUGUGUGUGUGUGUGUGUGUGUGUGUGUGUGUGUGUGUGUGUGUGUGUGUGUGUGUGUGUGUGUGUGUGUGUGUGUGUGUGUGUGUGUGUGUGUGUGUGUGUAUGUGUGUGUUUGCGUGUGUGUAACUCACACAGCAAACUUGCUAUCAGGUCGAUCUCCCCCGAAUCACUGACUAAUUGCUGAUAGAUCCAACAGCUCACAUUCAAACAUGUUUAAGGCGUGUAGGGCCUUCAGCGUAUGACACAUUAUGAUGGCACAAAGCCAUUAUAGGGCACUCAUCAUGUAUUAAAAUAACCACGAUUGGACCGAACAAGAAUUGUAACCGUCUUUCAGAAUUAGGAUGGAUGGAGGAUUUUAGCAACAUAAUUAUGGCAGUUACGGUCACACAAUCACCUUUCCCUGAGGCAUUUCGUUUUAUAUUGUGAGCUUGAAAGCAUUCCUGUCCUACAAAUGUAUCAAGAAAAUCAAGUCGUUCUGUCCUGUUAAAGUAAUCACUGCCCUCUAGUGGAUAAUAGUCAGGUUACACAAUGCAUUUUACUCAAUAAUAAGUUGCCUCUCAACUCGAAUAGCUUUCAAUAUUGAUGUGACGGAAAGUCAUGCCGCAUUACUUGUGCCGCAUAAAUACACAGGUGCACGCACACACUCAAACAAACAAACAGACGGACACACAUACAUGCACACAUACACACACACAAACAAAAAAAUACAGAGUGCCUGUUUCUUCCUAUUUGUUAACUUUUGUAAAAGAUAAACAUAUGACUGCAGAACGAUUUGGCUUGGCAAUAUAACCUCUCUGUUGCCAUAGGGACGCCUGCGCUGCAAGCGAAAUGUGUCCAGCGCAGCAUCAUUGGUGACUUGUCAACCCUUCCAAUACAUCCCAAGGGAAGACACGCGCCUCGUUAGCUUGGAUGCUAAUAGUGGUCACAAACUGGCGUAUAUAGUUAGACUUUAACAAAUACCAGUCUUUUCUUGUUUGGUAAACCAACGUUUUAUUUACAUUUUGGGCUUUUUUUCCUUGAAAAUAAAAAAAAGUUUAUUUGCCUGUAAAGAAUAAAGUCCAGUGGAAUCUCAGAUAAGCAGGUUCUGCUCAAUAUCUUAGUGUGAAAACAGUCUACAGGUAUAUUCCGGUCAAAUUCACAAAGUGCCAAUGACAAGAACAUAGAAAAAGGAAAGGUGUGUAUAUGUACCUAAUAAAAUUGCACUAACUUGCACUGCGCAAAGUCAUGUUUUUAUACAUGGGAAUUUUAUAAAAACAUUUUGAAGUAAAAUGGAAUUUCUUUUUUCAUUUGUUUUUGUUUAGUCCUAUCGGGAAAUGUUGGGGGGGGGGGGGGGUAAAUCACUGCCUGAUGGGGCUUCAGGGAUGCGGGAGGGAGGGGGUGUCGGGAUGAUGUGUUUCACCCUGUGUUGCACUCUGUGCUGAGGAUGGUUUUCGACAGAACCUAGUUUGGUGGAUAAGAUGCUGAUUAAAGUGUUGUGGGUGUGUGCCUGUUGGGUGUGGUACGAGCAGGAGAGUCAGAGUGGCAGCAGUGGGAAGCAAUCGGCGUCACUCGGUAGUACAUCAUGAUAGGUGCUCUGUAAAUGCCGGGAGUCUCCUGAAGAAGACCCUUUGACUCCCUCCUGUAAAAUAAGUAAUAUCUUCCCCUAGCCUCUAUUCUGCUUGGAGUGAGUCUAGCUGUGGUGGUUGGUGCAGUGUUUGGCGACCAGUGUCCCAGUGUCCCUCCCGUUGUUCAUUGGUGUUGGUGUUCCUGAGGUUCUCUAGCAUGGCCGACCGAGGUUCUCUUUCUGUCUCUCUCUCCAUCGCCAGUUGAAAAGCACUUUACAAUUUUUUCCAUCAACAGUUGCAGAGAUCGGUGCUUUCAUCGGACGUUCGCACGCGUGCAAACUGUUUCAGGUCCAUGGUCUCUGCCUACCAUCGUUUUCUUUUUGAGUGAAUUGCACUAAAAUGGCCGCCACAGUCCACCGGUCCGGGUGCUUUCGUCCUCAGGUGUGCUUAGGAACGCUUGGUCAGAGAGAACUCUGGGGUAAGACAAAAAAUAGUUUGUUUUCGAGAAUAGAACCACAAAAGUGACGAACGACCGAAUCAAACGCUGAACCUAAACGUUUGGGCGAGUGGGAGCAGUGCCAGUUUGAAACUCACAUCAUGUUGGAGGUCAGAGGUGGAACUUGGAGGUGGCGUGGAGAUGCCAGAACAGGGAACAAGUUUCAGCUCUGAAUGAGUGGGCCUGGGGGAAUUGGGCACUGGCAGGUAAAGAGUAGUGGGAUAUAGACUAUUAUAGAUUAUUAUGUUGUUAGAUGGAUUUGUAGUUGCCGGGCUUUCCUGUAUAAACACAUCAUAUAGACACGUCCGUGAUGGCUUGUUUUCUUACUUUUUAUCUGUGAUGUUAUAUCUGUUAAAUUAAAACAAACUGUUUUACAGCAUAAGUUAGUCGCAUAGAAAAUUUUCCUCUGUGUGUGUAUUUUAAGGUAAUUUCCAAGCUAUAGUAGACUUGUAAAGACGCAAAUGUAAAUUGUAGCUUAGAGGCAAGUGGGAGAAGACAACAACCGGUUGAAUGUAAAGCGUAAAAAAGAAAAGAUUGUGUGUUAAUUUCCCUUGUUAUUAUGCUGGCUUCUGUUAUCAUGAACCUGUAGCGCUUCCUGACUUUACUAUCAAAUCACACACACACCAGCAAGAGACCCACCGCCACAUUUCGUAAUCAACAUACACAAACACACAACAAUGCAGUAUUCAGCUUCAAAUCCUACUUUGUGCAAUGAUAUGGUUUAAAAAAAAUUGAACAACUAACCUGAGCUCAUGGCUUAUGGCUCCUGCAGAUAAUCGUCAUGCCUUUUCCAUGCCAAAUGUCAGAUAUGUCAUAUUUGUAUUAUUUUCCGUUAUUGUAGUCGGUGUUACUUGUGCUUUUUUCGUGUCAAAGUUUAUGCCAGGCAGGUUCAUGUUUUGGCCUUCUGGGGUCUGUCUUGAGGACAGUGGUUUAGACCGGGUGUGAAUAUCUGUCCUGCCUCGCACAUUCCAGCAGACAGCAAAGCCUCGGCCGUCAUCCGUAUUGUGUCUACGACCGAAUCCUACGUGUUAAUGUCUCCUGUGAUCUUCUUCACUACAUUUCUAGACCCUGUACAUUUACUCCCCUGUUCCGUCAUUUGCCUCCUGUCCUGUGCUGCUUCACCGCUACCCCCCUACCCCCCAUCCAUGUGUCUAUACAGUUAAUUAAGCUAAUUAUACCCUUGAAAUGUGCAUCAUUGAAAAACAAAAAGAAAAAAAGCUUUCUCUUUUCCCAAAUACGAGCUAAGAUAAGUUAAGAGAAGUGGAUGUUGCUCUCCUGAUUGUCAAGGUUCUGUCGUUGUGUACGCCAACCGGCGCCCUUUCAGAGCGACAGGGAUCAACAAAGGCAGCUCCGCCGCCCGCCUCUUGCUUCCACUCCACUGCUGAGCUCCACAAUCCCCUAUUUUGCAUUUCUGUUUGUUUGUUUGCGUACGUCGUCUAUGUCACGCUGUCUUCUGUUGAAUUCUAUCUCUGCUUGCUGUGUCCAUACUGAGCCCUGUUAGCGGCUGUUGUGAAAGCUGACCCUUUGCUUCUCAUUGAUUGAUUGAUUGACAUGUAAAGUUGUUAUCAUGCAUGUUUAGCCUCGCUUGUUUAUGUUAUUUUCUUUAUCAUUUUUUUUCCCUCCAUACUUUUUUUUCUUUAUUCUUUUAAGAGAUAACACUGAAGGUUUUUAAUGUGUGUGUUUGCUUGUGUUCUGCGUGUGUCUACGCUUGCCUUUACAGCAGCAAUCAGCCGUUGAUCAUAUAAAAUGAUCCCCGUUUUCCAUUCACCGUGCUUCGUGGCUCCGUGAUGCUAUGCUAUGGGAGACAGAGAGGGAAAUACACACAGCUUCAGCCUUAGGCCGCGACCGCUGAGGGGGGCUAUCCACUCCACAGCCCCCAUACAUACACACACACAUAAACACAUGCAUACACACAGGAAGCAUUUUCUUAGGAAUGAUGCCCUCAAGGAUAGUGUGAAUGGCAAGCCUGUGAGAAGUGCUUGGGAAGAUGGAUGACCUUAUAUGGACAUGUGAUGAUGAUGCUGGCCAUGUGAUCGAUGUGAUGCUAUGUAAAAUGUCAUGGAGAGAAAAUAAAAACGUGAAUGGAUGAAG